AUGCCGUUCGGGCUUGCGACAGGUCGCACCGAUCCGCACCGAGCCCGCAUGCGCCCGAGCAGCCCGGACAGCCCGGACAGGUACCGAGCCCAAGGGCACAGCGACUACCCGCCAUUGAACGGUUUGCUCUUGCCAGUCUUAUUAGAUCCUCUGCUCGUGUGGCAUGUGCAUCACAAAAGAUCCAGGUGGUACAUCCAGAACGAGGUGGUCUCUGGCGCUUACGGCUCCGGGAACAAGUUCGGCAUUGAGCGGAUCCGGCGCUUCAAGGCAGGGAGAGCUUGGGGGACACGCCGCUUCAAGGGUGAUGACGAAGGCCACUCAAACGCUGAUCGCCCCUCGGGCUACCGCCGGAGUGAGACGAUCCUGGAAAGGUCAUGGCUGAUGGAAAGAUCAGGUGUGUUUUCGCCUUUCGCCGAAGAUCUCAAGAUGAACUUUGGUCUCCGGGUCGCCUUUGACUAUGGCAACUGCACCGGGCCCACCUGUCGCUAUGACUGGGAGAACCUCGCUUGGGUGGUUUUGUACUACGCUCGCGCCCCCCUGGGCUUUGAUUGGGAGCUCUCCGAUGCAGGGGAGAACUAUGGCUAUAACGUGGGUUGCAACAAUUUGGGUUCUUUUCCCUUCCCCAAGUAUGAGACCAACUACACAGGUGGAAUCUGGUACAGCCUUCCGGGCCCCUGCCCCAGCAUGCCCUUCUACCAGCAGAACGGCGCCUGUGAGCGGCUGCAACCGGGCGGGAAGUGUGAUGGGACACCCACAGGUUCCGGCGACUGUGGCUGGACUGCAGAUCCACAAGGAGAAGAGAUCUGGCUCGGGGAGCUCUACGGUGAAACGCACCAGAGCAUGCAGCAGUUUUGGAAUAACAGCCACGGCCUCAAAAACACGAGAGUGAGUCACCCUUGGACAAACUGA